AUGGAGAUCGAUACAGGGUAUAAGGACUUGUUCAGCAGCGGCCUCGGUCGCUUUACGGGCGGUCAGGCGACGCUGCGCGUGCGGGAGGGGGCGACGCCGGUGUUUCACCGAGCGCGGCCACUGCCGUACGCGCUACGCGAGCGCGUCGACGCCGAGCUGGACCGCAUGCUGCGCGACGGCGUCAUCGAGCCCGUCGACUGCUCCGACUGGGCCUCACCGCUGGUGCCGGUAAACAAGGCGGACGGCUCCUUGAGAGGUAUUCCACACGUAGAGGUAUUUUUAGAUGACGUAAUAAUAGGCGGCAAAAGUAUGCAAGAGCACUUAGAAGCUCUGCAGGAGGUUUUCGAAAGACUUCAGAAAGCGGGGCUGAAAUUAAAAUCUAGUAAAUGUGUUUUUUUGGGAACGGACUGGUAUUGGUCCGGAGAAUGCGAAAGGUCAUUUUUGCAAAUUAAGGAGACAUUAGGAAGCGUGGACACCCUAGUCCAUUACGACCCGAGCAAGCGGCUCAUAGUGACGUGCGAUGCUAGUGGGCGGGGCGUCGGCGGCGUGCUGACGCAGAUCGACGCCGGCGGCGGUGGCGAGCGGCCGGUUGCGUUCCACCAAUAUUUAUACGGGCGGCAUUUUACGUUGCGUACGGACCAUAAGCCUUUGGUGUCCAUUUUCGGGCCACACACCGGCAUCCCGACUAUGGUAGCAAGUCGUAUGCAACGGUGGGCUAUUAUUCUUUCUGCUUACUCGUUUGACAUCGAAUACGUAUGUACCAACGAAAACGGCGCGGACGGAUUAUCGCGGUUGCCGAUAGGUAGUAGUUGUAAACAAAGCGAGCCAGCACUGCCAGAGCAAACAUACUUGCAUUGUAUUCAACAGGAUUUAUGUUUAGAUUACAACGAGAUCAAACGCGAGACGGUUAGGGAUCCAUUACUAGCCAGGGUAUUGCGUUACAUUCGGGACGGUUGGCCCGAGCAUUGUGAAGUAGAAAAUAUGAAACCAUACUGGAAUAGACGAACUGAGCUGUACGAGGAGUUAGGUUGUGUUAUGUGGGGCCACCGAUUGGUGGUGCCCGAACAAUGUAAAGGUAAAAUUUUAAAAAUCAUUCACGAACCACACAUGGGCAUAGUAAAGUCGAAGGCACUCGCGCGUAGCUACGUGUGGUGGGCGGGCCUGGAUGAGGCGGUGGAGCGAACGUGCCGGGAGUGCGCGGCGUGCGCGGCGCAGGCGGACUCGCCGCCGCGACAGACCCCGCGCAUGUGGCCUUGGCCCGCGCGGCCCUGGUCCCGGCUUCACCUCGAUUUUUUGGGACCUAUCGCCGGGAAAACUUACCUAGUGGUCGUGGAUGCGACAUCAAAGUGGUUAGAGAUUUUUAAUAUGUCGGGCAUCUCCGCAAGCUACUUAAUUGAUCGUUUAAACGAGUUAUUUAGCAGAUUUGGCAUACCGCGGCAAAUCGUAACUGAUAAUGGGGCGCAAUUCACCUCAAAAGAGUUCGAGUAUUUUAAUAAGUUUAAUGGCAUCGAGCACGUAUUCACGGCCCCGUAUCAUCCGGCGUCGAACGGGUUAGCAGAAAACGCCGUUAAAACCCUUAAACGCGUUAUUAAAAAGGCGAUACAAGAAAAGCAGAACAUAAAUAGAGCUUUGUGGUCUUUCCUACUAUAUUAUAGAAAUGUGGAACACUCUACGACCGGCGAGAGCCCAGCUAUGCUCCUGCUCGGCAGACGGGUUAGGACGCGUUUGGACGCUAUCAAACCAGAUAGGGAAGGUCACGUACGGCGGGCACAACAGCGUCAGCAGGAGGCGGCCACCGGCGCUAAUAGAAAUCUCGAUAGGUCGGACGAGGUUUGGUACCGGCAGUACCUCAAGGGAGAAAAGUGGAUUCCGGGUCAAAUAGUAGAGGUUUUGGGGUCUAGUAGUUACAAGAUAAAAGGUACAGGUGGGGAGGUGGUGCACAGGCACAUAGACCAGCUGCGGAAACGACCUAGCGAGGGCAGGUUAUCGCUUGCCUCUGCCACGCCUAGGUUAAGCAAUCGGGUAGACGAAGCGAACUCUCAAGGCUCAGAUCCCGGUGGCGCGGGAUCGGAGGAGGACAAGUCGGAGGUGUCGGCGGGAGCGGGGACGCCGCGCGCGGUCGAGCCGCCGGCGUCGCAGCCGCAGCCCGCUCCGGCUUCACCGGGCGGGGAACACUUAUUAUCUCCUACCAAUAUAGGGAGGGGUCGCCCCAUUAGGCAGUGUAGGUUAAAUAGGCCUAAGUAG